CCUGUUAGGACCCGGUGGCACUAAACACUACUGCACAGCGGAAUAAAAUAAAUGAUCAACGAAACCAAAAAUAAAUGACACAAUAUUUAACGUGGUUCACCUAAAACGUUUAGGCUACGUCCACAAAUCCGACACCAACUUCCACUAAAACAUUUAGCAGGCAUACAAAGAGAGACUUCCCCAAUAAUUUGGAGGUACAACAAUUCCUGAGCUCUACCCAAAAUAGUGGCGCACACAAAAGUGUUUCCCGAAAAAUACCCGACUAGUAUUUCUACUCACUAUUUUGUCACUCCCCUGUUAGGAAACAUUCCUAAAGGAACUACAUCUCUCUCCCUCUCAAACUCUUUCUUCUUGAGUUUUGAUAUAUUUUUUUUUGGUGUGUUAUACAAUGAAAUGGAAGGGGGUAUUUAUAGUUUUGAGAUAGGGACCAAAAGUGCAAAUCUCACCUACCACUCAUUGCAUCAUUGCUUAUCUCACUAAGGAGAGUUGCAUCAUUGCUUAUCUGUGCCCUACAUCACCAUAAUUGUUGGAAAAACUAACAGAUCCCACAUAACUACAAACUCAACUCGUACAGAUCUUGUUUUUAUUGAUCGCACCAGAAUCAGCUGUCAUUAAUCGGAAGAGCGUUUCACAUCCAAUCUCAGAUGCUGUGGAAUAAAGUUGUAUGAUAAAAUGGAAGCUAGCAUCAGUGGGAGCUCUUCUCCAACCCAUCCAAAAUGGAGAAAAGUUGUUUAUGGUGGGAUGCAACCUGGCUUUGGUGACAAUCACACGGAUGAGUCCUUCUUGGAGGAAAUGAUCAUGAAUGCUAAUGUUGUCAAAAGAGACUUAUUGAAAGUGGUGCUCGACGCAGUUUCAAUCUCACAAUAUCUUUGCAUUGUUGCCCUUGUGGUUUUAGUUUGGACCUACACCCUCAGAAAUACCUUGAAUGAAAAAUAUCUCUUACUCUUGAAUGUCAGCCUUCUUGGUUCGGGUUUCUUUAUUCUGCUCUUAACUGCGGACAUGAUACCCUUUAAUCUCCUCCUCAAUUAUCUCCUAAAAUAUACCUUUUUCAUAACUGCCUUAUAUAUGUUGUCUCCUAUCUACCAUACACUUACAAGGUCCAUAAGCUCGAAUUCCAUAUGGGCGCUAACAGCUUCCCUUCUCAUACUCCAUCUCUUUCUGCACAAUUACUCAGGGUCCACCGUAAAGGCUCCUGGAGCUUUAGAAAAUCCAACCCUGACAAGCAAUAUAUCUCUGAAUGCGUCAAUCGUGGCUUCACUUUUGAUUUCUUCUCGCCUUCCAUCGAGGCUUCAUGUCUUUGCUAUUGUGCUAUUCUCCUUGCAAGUUUUCCUUUUUGCUCCUUUAGUCACAUAUUGUGUCAAGAAGCGUUCUUUUAAGCUGCAUAUUUGCUUUUCCCUUCAGUUACUGGUUCUAACACUAAUUUUCGCUUACCAGUUGCAUAAGUUGCUUUUCAUUUUGCUUUUGGGCAUUUUUGUCUUCGUCAAUUUGGUUUGUCCUUACUGGCUGAUAAGGAUUCAAGAGUACAAGUUUGAGAUUAAUGGCCCCUGGGAUGAGGCUAAGCUCUGUUUUAACAUUACAGAAUAAAAGGGCAGCCUGGUGCACUAAGCUCCCGCUAUGCGCGGGGUCCGGGGAAGGGCUGGACCACAAGAGUCUAUUGUACGCAGCUUUACCCUGCAUUUCUGCCAGAGGCUGUUUUAACAUUGCUGUAUGAAGAGGUUAUAUUUUUAGGCAUCUCCUUUGUAUUCAAAUCUCCUGGAUUACUGCGUACAGGAGAUUUAACUAGUCAUGUAGCUAUUUGGGGGUGUUCAUUGGUCGGUUUGGCAUGAUUUAAAAUAUUUUGUUUCAAUGUUUUUGAUUUUUGGUUUUAAAAAUAAUAUACCAAUACCAUAUCAAAAUAAA